UUCUGAAGAAUCUAAGCCAAUACCUGCUCCAAUAAUGCUAAUUAAUGGCACAGGUACAGCUCUUACUCACAGAACCACAACAUACGCUGUUUCUGGUCUCAUCAGUUGCAAGAACAAUAGAAAACUCAGCAGUAGCUGCAGCCUGAGUGUUAAGGCAACAGGGUUUUUUGCAGCAGCUGCAGUGCUUUUAGCCUCGGCAGCAGGUGCUAUGGAAGCACCCGAAGAAGCAGAAACGCUAGCCAACAUACCACAAACGCUCUCCGGUGAAUGUGCAUCGGUGAAGGAUUGCAAGAAGGAGAGAAUCCAAAGGCCAAAGUCAAGGAAAGCAGAGUCUUGCACAAUUAAAUGUGUCACUACUUGCAUUAGAGGUGGAGAAGGCUCACCCGGUGAAGGUCCUCUUAACAUCAGAAGGCCUCUGGUGGUUUUCAAGCAAGGAUUCCGAAGCCGUCAUUAUUGUUUGGUGGAGUGUUCAGAUAUCUGUAAUUUGAUUGGAGAUGGAGAUGAUGGACCUUAACAUGUAUUUUUUUUUUUUAUUUUAUAUGGAGAGGUUUUAAUUCAAUCUUACGUUUCAUCUGUCAGUGAGGAUCAAGAUCAAGAUACAGAACUUCUAAUGGAAGAGCGUAAAGGAGUCAUUUUGUACAUCAAGAGAGAAUUUAUGUCAACCAUUGUCAAAGGGAAUCUUUAA